AUGGCGCCACCCUCGUUGCCUUCACAUGUUGACAUGAACGUCAUUUCCAAGCUUUUGCACGAUGUCAAUGAGCAUGUGCAGGCUUUUAGCUCGGGAGAAGUCAAGACACGCGAAGCAGCGAUUCACGCUUGUCGUUCGCUUGCCUCGGCCUUGGAAACUCCCAGUGAGGCAGUGGUGAGAAUGACAUGGGUCGAGCCCAGUCAUCUUGCGGCGCUACGCAUGGCUGUUGAUCUGCGGCUCUUUGAGCAUCUGGCAGCAGAAGAGGGCUGUCCGAAAUCCAGUGCCCAGGUUGCAGCAGCAUGCUCAGCGGAGCCAUGGUUGGUUGGACGGACGAUGAAGCAUCUGGCUGCGAUGAACUCUCUUCGUCAGGUCGAUGCGGAUAGCUACGUGCCGAACCCGUUUGCGCAAGCCAUGACAAAACCCAUGUUCAGAGAGAGCGUUGCUUUGAUGCACGAUACCUGCAUCCCAAUCAACAUGAAGACGGCCGAGUUCUUUGCAGAGAAUGGCUACACCAGCCCAACUGAUCCCCUCAACACACCAGCGCAACAUACAUUCAAUGCGAAAGACAAGACACAUAUUUUAGACAUAUUCGCGCAACGUGGGCAGACCCAGGGCCUUGCCAGUAUGAUGGCUACGUGGAUGCUCGAUCGACCACACUGGUCCGACGACGACUUGGGAUUCUAUCCUGUGAAGCAGCGACUGAUACAAGGCGCAACCGGGGACGAUGAUUCAGUCUUCAUGGUCGAUGUCGGAGGCAGCACAGGGCAUGAUCUGGAAAAGUUCCUUGUUCGUCACCCGUUCGACAGCUUCCCAGGGCACCUGGUCCUUCAAGAUCGUGCUGAAGUCAUCGAGUCGAUUCCCAAGGACAGCUUGAAGACCGGGAUCCACGCGACCGCCCAUGACUUUUUCACUCCACAACCGGUACAAGGGGCGAGAACAUAUUUUUUACACAGCAUAAUCCAUGACUAUCCCGACGACAAGGCACGGUUGAUCCUGAAGCAUCUCGCUCGAGCAAUGAGGAAAGGGUACUCCAAACUUAUCCUAUGGGAUUUCGUGCUUCCAGAAAAGGCCGUCGGCUCGACAAUGUCAGCUCUCGACUGGGAAAUGAUGUCCUUUUAUGCCGCAAGUGAGAGGUCCGAGGGUCAGUGGAAGACAUUGCUCGAAGAUCCCGAGAUUGGGUUGAAAGUCAAUGGGAUCUGGAGCUACAGUCAGUUUGACCAAAGUGUGAUUGAAGCAGAACUAGCCUGA